AUGGACUAUUCGCUGCUUCCCUUUGCUUCUGGCGAGUUCCCUAAAAUCGUCACUGAGCCCAUCCAUUUUAAUUUGGCGAAAACUGGCGAACCGGUGACGCUUUUUUGUGUCAAUGAUUACCACGAAGUUCCCGAACCGUUACUCCGAGCCCUCCACUCAGAAUUCAACCAUAUCAUCGACGAAGGGCUCACUUACCCCCACGAUAAGCCGUUUGAGUUCGACGACUUCUGCCGCUACUGGUUCCACCACUUUGUGGCGAUUUUGGUCACUGGAACGGAGACUAGUAUCGAUGCCGCCAUCACCACCGACGAAUGGCUUAAUAAGCGGCUUUUGGGGUGUUUCUACGUCAAACCUAACUAUAUUGGCCGUCUGAGCCACCACUGUAACGCUGGUUUCGUGGUAAACCACCGGAUGAGGGGGAUGGGUCUCGGUAAAGAACUCGGGGCUAAGUACUUGGACAUCGCCCCGAAGCUUGGCUACGUGUACCUGGUGUUCAACUUGGUGUACGAGCUGAACGUGGCGCUGCUUAAGAUCUGGGACUCGCUCGGGUUUGACCGGAUUGGCUACGUUAAGAAUGCCGGUUAUUUGAAGGGUAAAGGGUUUGUUGGUGCCGUGAUGUACGGGAAGGAUCUUAAUGUUGUCGAAAGUGGUGAAACCAAAAAGGAUUAA